CACCGCGGGCGCGGAUUGCGCGCGCGCGGCAAGUGUGUGUGUGUGUGUCUGUCUGUCUGUUUGUGUACAUGCGUAUAUAUGUAUACAUAUGUAUCUGUGGUCCACUGCAGCUGGCCUGACCUUGGCGGAGACGCCCAGCGGAGUCUCUUUCAAGGCCACCACGUGUCGGGUGCUCGCCUAGCCGCGCUAGCUGGACCAAACCAUCGCUCGUUUACGUAACAUACACCCAUUACACGUAUAACAAACGAGUAGGUCUUACUUGGGUGAGGUGAGCACGGGGUGUACAUCGAGGUGGAGUGUGGUUUCGAGGCUUGUGAAGUUUGGAAAAAUUACGUUUAAGGUAAACAUGCGCGUGUUAUUUACUUGGGGGUCGAGCGGUGAGUACAUAGAUCGUAUAUAGGUGUUCCGAGAUGACAAUGAAGUUGCGCCGAUCUAUUGUUGUCUCAAGGAGCCUAUCUCUCUCUCUCUUCUGUUUAGUAAGGUGAAACGAAUAUCGAGGAAAUAAUUCACCCCGUCCGCGAAGAAGAGCCUGAUUCGAUUGAUUCGUCCAACUCGUUGAUACGGAGUCAUCGGGACGUUCGUGCGAUUCGGGAUUUCGGUACAUAUACAAUACCGUUAAUCUUGUCAUUGUUGUAAUUAGCUUAGAGAAUUUCAACACCCGAUGAUUUAAAUUCAACAUUUUUGUUUUUGUUUCCGUUUUUUUAAAUCAAUUCGUUGGCAAACAAAAACUUUCUCGCUUUUAUCAUCAAUUUACACGUAUUGGGAUAAACUAUAACGAUUCGCAUCGAUGAUCGGUAUUGGUUUUCGAAAAACUAUACUGUCACGUCCACGUGGACAAAUAAUUCGAGCGUAAUGUAUAUACACAACGAAAACAGUCACAGGCAAGCUGCUGUAUGGUUAAAUAAAGGUUUACCACUCGGUAGGAAAUAUCGGCGUCAAAGUUCGCUGCCAAAUUUCUAAUACCGUAUUCGUGCCAAUGGCAGAGACGCGAGCUCUAAAGUUUCACUACAAGUACCGCUCGCGGCUAAUUCUGCCGAUCUCACGCACGAUACACACGAACCGAGAACUGAAUCGGGUGUAUGUAUAGAGUUUUGCAAAAUUUCUGAAAAACGAAACCAAUGUACCCCACACAUCCCGGAAAAUAAGUACAUUGAGAGCGGCAAGAAAAUUAGCGGUCAUCAAACCGCACGCGACGAAGACGAAAAAACAAACAAAAAUCGGCGUGCCGGGAAAAACCACCGAAAGAAGAGAGAGAAAGAGAGAGAGAGAGACAGCUUCCCGAAAAUACAUUAUACGUAUAGGCACAAGUGAGCGAAAAGCCGGUAAAUCAUUCGGCGGGCACGUAUAAGUGUAUAGACUGGAGGAGGGGAGUAACGGGCGCGCGAGAAGAGAGAAGCAAAACUAAGUAGAGAAGAAAUAGGAGAGGAGGAGAUGGAAAACGAGCAACGGCAACGCCGGGGGCGCAGUGAUUCCCGCGCGUCCUCCACCUCGUCCAGCCUCGAGGUGCGCUGCGCCUGCCAGUACUACCUUAGCGACUCGCUGCUGCCGGAACGAAGCGCCUUGGCGGCUUGCAGACCGGCUGCCAAGCCCACGGCCAAGAGGAUGGUGCAGACGCCGCCGGCCGGCAGGAGGCCGCCGGUUACGUGCGGCGAUCACGACUACGAGCCAAUAGGCCAGCCGAUAAUGCGCCUCGCCGUGUCCCAGCACUCGGUGGUGGUGCGCUCGAUAGCACCGGUGGUCAAGAUAACGGACACGGACGUGGUGCCCGUCGCCGACAGCGACGACAGCAUAGACGACCGUUACCGCUUCCACGGCGCGCUCAUCCUCGACGGAGACGUUAUCCUGCCGCUCGACGGGAGGAUCGAGGACGAUGCGAUGGACGGGCGCAACUUGGGCGACCAGGCCGUUGACUCAUCGGCAGACGAGCUCGAGUCGCCCCAGGAGCUGCAGGAGAGGAUCGAGCAGAGGUUCUUCAACAACGCGAACGAGGAGAGGAAUGGCAUCGACCUCAUUGUCCCUCCGCCGACUGGUGCAAAGGUGGAAACAGCAUCGACGAACGAUGAGGAGCCCCGGCCGGGUAUACAGCAGCGGCUGAAGAGCCAGGCGGGCAAGAUACGCUCGCAUUUCAAAAACAUCCAGAAGCCAACCUUCAAAAUCCCAAAAUCUCGUGCCAAAGCAACAGCAGCGACAAAGCCAACGGCCACGGAAAAACAACGACCUACGACCCCCGUGCACCAAACAGCCCCACCCUCGCCCAGGGGAGUCCAAAAGGCCAGUCGCAUGGAGCGCUUUCGCAUGGCCCUGCCCGAAAGACCCCGCUUCUCCCUCCCCGACAAGUCAAAGUUCCACCUGCCCGAUCGCUCGAAAUUUCACCUGAAGAAGCCCAACAUACAGCUACCCAAGUCGCUCACCAGGCCCCGGCGCACCCCCUCCCAGCGAUCAUCUUCGGCCACCCAGUCGGGCGAGUUGGACGAGCCGGUGGGCGCGACCGAGACAAAGCCGGGCGGCCCGCAGCGGCGCACCAUCUUUGACUUUUCGACCCUACCGAGGCCCCGGAGGCUCUUCGAGCGCAACAAGGACAAACAGGUGGCGAGGAGCGAGGAGGAGGAGGAGAAGAAGCCAUCGCCGAAUGAGUCGCGGGCCCGGUCCAUCGAGUCGUCGACCUUUCCCAGAGCUAAAAAGACGAGCAGGCUGUCCCUGAGCGCCCGCUGGGCCCAGAGGUUCGGCGAGACCGUGAGGGGCUUCCACGGGGAGGACGGCGCCAAGGAGAGCGCCAUCGACAGGUCCCAGCCUUGGCGGCACCCGUCCCUCGAAGAACCGAGACUGUCGCUCCAACCCCAGGUUUCCGAGGAGGAGGAGGAGGAGGAGGAGGACGUCGAGGAGAAGCUGCCCUGGGAGAACACCGAUAGGAGGAGCCACGCCGAGGGCGACAGCGCGGUAGUGCCCCAUCGCGAGGAGGAGAUCAUCUACGCCGACGAGGAGGACAUCAAGGAGCACGUCCUGAAGGGGCACAAGGAGCCAGUAAGGGAUCCGCGGCUGGAGGACGAGCAGCUGAUGAGCCGCAUCGGACCCGAGGAGCCCAAAAAGAAAGUCAGGCUGGUUGAAGAGGAGGACGACGAGUCCAUCGUCGAUCCGGAGGCCGAGGAUGAAAACCAGACGUACCACCCGAGAGCCCUCUACGACGGCUCCUUCCAGCCGGUGGACCCGCCCGACUUUCACGACGAGCGGGCCCACUCGGCUGGACUCUCGGAGGAGGAGGAGGACGACGAUCGCUCGUCCAUGAGGUCGGACCGGGAGAUCCAGCAGUCGAGCGGCAGCUCGUGCGAUCGCCGUAGGCGCGGGGUCAUCGAGGAGAUAGACUCGGACGAGUUCUUCCUGCGGGAGAAGGGGAUCAGCGAGGAGAACGUGCGCUUCCACCUGAUGAGCGAGAUCAGGAACGCCCUGAGGCGCCCCGAGGACAAGGACAAGGUCGAGUCGGCGCCACCGGAGCGCCCGGAGCGCAAGAGAUCGGCGCGCAAGCGCACGGACGCCUCGUCGACCGAGUCGUUCGAGCGGGCGGGCAGCCUGUCCUCGAGGCACCGGGUCGUCUACCACACGCAGUCGUCCUCGCGCGAGAGGGACGAGCCCCUUGUACUGGACAACGGCUUGGGUCAGACCGUCAGACCGGCCAGGAGGAAAUCCCGGGGUUCCUUGGGCAGUAACCACCGAUUGCCCAUCGACGAGCUGAACAUCGUGCUGGCGCCGAUACACUCCCCGGUGGAAGCACCUGUCCGGUCCUUCGAGGCUCCGGUGGCUCCUAGUCGGCGAAAGCGUCUCAGGCGGGACCAGCAGUCCUCCAGUCUCAGUAUAAGGACGGUCGACAGUGCCAUGUACAACGGGUUCGGGCACUCGCACGAGAGGAUCCCGCCGACGCCGCCACCGACGCCCCCGGCGUACCGGCACAUGAGGAACGGCCUCGACGCCGUCCGCCAGCAGCAGCUACUCCAGCUGGCCCCGGUGCCUCCGAAGCGUACGCGCUCGCGGACGGCUAGCUUGGCGCCCGAGGACGACCGCACGUCCCGCGAGGCGGAGUCGCUGCCCGGGGACUUUGGCUUCGUCGACGAGGACGUGGGGCCACCCGUGCCCCGCGACUCCUCCUCCCGAGAGCCGAGUUUGCCGGGCUACGCGGUCAUCGAGAAACGAGAGAAGCCACCCAGACCGCCACCCCCGAGGAGGAAAAAGCCACUGCUGCAGGACAAGUUUGCGACAGCCCCGAGGCCGGCCAAGGGCGCCGGGCCCAGGAGGCCCCUCAGGAAUUACAGCACCCUCAGGACCGCCAAGUCCGACACCAUUAGGUAUACACAGCUACGACCACCCGGUUCCAAAUUGGAUAUGGUCCAACUGUGGAAUUUUUCCAGAUCCAGCGACUCGAUGCCCUUCAUCGACGGCGACUUUUCGCUCGACGACGACGAGGACGACGAGCUGUUCCACCGGGAGUUGCAGAGCGGCGAGGUCCUCAGCAAGAUCCAAGGCCGGCCCCUGCCAGCGCCACCGCGACCACCUCGGCACCGACGCCCGGCAUCGGCCCAGCAACGACCAAGCGACUUCAGACAGGGCAGCCUACCCCGGGAGAUGACACCCGAUUUUUCCGAGACCGUGGCCUCCACGCAGACCGAUCCUCUGCCCGACGACCUAGUGAUCGAGGAGGAGGUGACCACGGCGAAACUGGUGGUCACACCCUCGCGCUCCGGCUCGAGCCAGGUGCUCAUAAGCGCCGAGAGAAAUUCGAGCCCGGCGAGCGGCAGCUACCGGAGCGCUGCCACGCCGCCGAUACCGCCUCUGCCCGCCUCUACCGGCGAGGCCGGGGACUCGAGGAGAGCUGCGGACACCGAGAGCACGAGACACAGAGCAGACGAGCCACCCUCGGAGGAGCCCAUCCGGCGCUUCGACCCGUCCCAGCUGGAGAUCCUGCGCUCGGCUCUCUUCUCGACGGACGAGCCGCUGAGGAUCCCGAGCCUCGAAGUGGGAGACCUGCGGGUCGAGCGACUGACCGUCUCGCAGCUGGAGGCCUACAAGGUCGCCGCCUCCGAGAUAGACGCGAUCGUCGUCUCGGCCACCGAGAUGUCGAGCAGGGGCGAGACCGACACCGGCAUCCAUCCCUCCCUGCUCCAGGAGCUCAUAGCCAUCAGGAGCCAACUGGAGGCAGUCACGGCAGCGCAGUCGCGGCCCCAGUCGGCCAUGGAGGACGCGUACACGGCGACGAGCAACGAGCGCGUCGACAUACCGAUCGACGAGCAGAGAAAAUCGUCCGUUGGCUCGCGCAGGCCUGUCUCGAGAGAGAGCUCGCCGCUACUGGUUGUUCAGCCAAUGGUCUCCGAAAGGGAAGCUGCGACCGUGACCCUGGCUCGAGCUGCCUUUCCCCCGAGCUCCUCCGCUACCGAUCUCUCGACGGCGGACAGCACGACCCUCAGCGACACCACCACCAUCGAGGUCACCACUGAGGUCAUCGAGUCGGUAGUAACGGAGGUGAGGGAGGAGAUCGACGAGAAGACGGAAAAAUCGGUAUCGUCGAGCGAGAAUAAGAAGCCAGCGGAGGACGCGGUUGGAUCGAGAUCGUCGUCGCCGAGCCCGAGUCAGCAUCGUCCGGGGGUCGUGCGGCAAACCGCGUCACCGGUAAAGUCCCUGCCACCCGUGAUAUCGGUAACUCCCGACGGUAUCACAACGCCAGCCAGCUGUACACUGGAAAACACGCCACUCCGACACGUGACGUCCAGCGGAGCUCAGCCCCAACGUGCUGUUAUAUCGUACCGAUCCUCGUCGAAUAACAACAUUACCGAGGAUCACUCUGCAGUAACCGGCACCGCGGCGAGAGCCCCCUCGCUGUCCUCGUCGUCCCGCGAAACGUCCCAAUCACCACCACCACCGCCACAGUCCUCCCCGACCCCCGGCCGAAACUCGUCCUCCCGAUCGCCACCCCCGCCCAUGAAUCCCCAGUUCAUAGCCUUCCCCACCUCGCACAUACCCCCCGAGUUCUUCGCACUGGCCAAUCCGCCCCUGACGGCGACGACAAAUCAACAACCAGCACAACACCACCCCCAACACCUUCACAACAGCCAUCACCAUCGAGCCGAGCCGAGUGUCGCCGACUCGGCCGGUGAACUGCUGCGGGCGCUACGCCACGCGGGUAACCGAUCACUCAGGCAUUUUGUCGAUUCUGUAGUUUCUAGAUUCGGCGCCGGUGGACCCGACGACGACGACGACGACGGUACUGCCGAGUCCAGCCAAAAACUCCGAAGGGUCGAGCUAGCCCUGUGCGCCCUCCUCGUCCUCGUCGCUUGUCUCAUCGCCUUGUGCGUCUGCACGCCCAGGACCGUCACGCAUCACCACCACUGGGACUAUUUCAAUCCACCGCAGUAGUACACUGUAUGAGAAAGAGCCCGCGUAUGUUACCUAUUGUUAUUGCGUGUGGUGCAGAUAUGAACGAGAGUGUAAGUAUAUACAUGCAAAUUUAUGUGACGUUUUGUGGAUAUACCUAUUGCGCUGUUGAUCAUAUACAUAUAAAUGUACCGAUGGAGCAAGAUGAGGCGUGGAUCGUGAGAAAUUGGCGAGAAUGAAGGCCCUUGUUGUGCUGUGAACAAAAACAAAAAAAUAAACAAAAAAAAAUCAAAGGAACGCAAUAUCGUCAUAGCCCAACACACCUUACCGUUGUCAUUAUUGUACUGUUAUUUUGGUGAAAAUUUUUUUUUUUUUUUCCCUCUCCUUUUUUUUUAUUUCGUGCGACGAUUGCGUGAGGGGGUGUAUUUAUUUCAUUUUAUGUUGUU